GGGUGCGGGUGCGGGUGCGGUGCGCGCCCCUCCCUCGCGCCGCCCAGGUUCCUCGGCGGCCGCCGCGCGCGCCCCUCUUCCAAAGCGGGAGGAGCCACUUCCGAGCCAGCUGUGUGACAUCCGUUUCCACGGCCGCGCUGACGUCUUGAGGUGUAAGUUCAGCAGCUGCCAUUGGCCGGGAGCGCCCGGCUCUUCCCCUCCGCCUCCCUCGUCCCGACGCCGAGGCGUGCCGCAGCCGGGGCCCCGCCGGCAGGGCCCGGUCCCCUCGGGCAAUGGCAGGCGCUCGCUUUGGGCGGCCGUGGUCCCGGGAGAGCGCAGUUGGUCGCGCGGUGCCACUGUGUCCCCACUUGUUGCGUACCGCGGCCUCCCCACAACUUUAUUGCAAAAUGAAGAUAGGGUGAGACACCUGUGCGCGGCAGAGACCGUCGCCCAGCCCAGUGAGUCGCGGGCCGCACGCUCGCUGUCACCACCCUCUGCGCUGGGAACCGUGUCCGCGCACGGCACGCCGCAGACCCUCCGCGCCGGGCCCGCGUGAGGGAGGGGACAAGGCCGUCAGAGUCGUAGCUUUAACUGGAAUGGAGCUAGAGAGAUGGGGCAGCAGCCGGAGCUGCCUGGUGUGGAGGAGCUGGCUCUCUCGGUGCAACUGUUAGGAGAGGCUGGGGUACGCGUGGGAUUGUGCCCCUGCCUUGUCUGUCUGCUACAGCAGAAUACCGUCCACUGCAUAAAUUAUAAGCGAGUUUAUUUGGCUCACAGUUUUGGAGGCUGGGCAGUCUGAGAAUGUUUAUAACAGCAUGGGAGGAACUAGAGAGCAUUCAAGAGACAGAAAAUCGGUCCUCGUCUUUUUUUUUUUUUUUUAAUCAAGAACUCACUCCAAGGUAGCAGUAUUAGUUCAUACAUGAAGGUAGAAUGUUCAAGUCCUGUUCGCCUUCCUUAAAGGUGCCAGCGCUUAAUGUGACAGUGACAGAUUUCAACAUGAAUUUUGGAAGGGCUUUUCAAACCAUAGCAAGCCAUGGUUCAGGUAGACACGGGAAGAGAAGAUGAAAUAGACUGCUUUAGUGGGAAGGACUUCUUCAUUGUUCCUGGAGAGAAACAGGAAAGAAGAAAUGGAGACAGAUACCUGGAUGUUUCUGGUGGGAAAGUGAGAGUUCCAGUUCCUUUCUCUUGUUUUCUACCUGCUGUCCAGUGGAGUCUAGUACCUGCUGAAGGGUGGCCAGUGGUUUUUAAAUGCCAAGGAUAACCGGAGAGAGCUGACUGAGAAAACACUAUUGUGAAAUAUUCAAGGCCCAUCAGCUUAGAGACCUCUUUUCCAGCCAAGAAAAUUUUCCUACCUCAGUGGCCAGCCUCAAACAGCCUUCAGCCAAACAUGCCAUCAAACCUUUGUGAUAAUGGUCUCUGUCAGAAGCAGUUUUGAUCUUAAGUCUAUACUAUUUAGGAAUUACCCUUUCUGAGCUUAAUCAUUUGGGGUUUUUUUGUCUUUCUGAGACAGGGUCUCGCUAUGGAGUUCAGGC